GCUUAACCAAUCAGUUCCUCUGGGAGAUUAUUUUUGUAUGAGAACUGACCUGAGCUGCGGUUUUACUUACUUCUGGUGUUUAUAAAUAACCACGUACCGAUCUCUUCUAGUACACAUUCCUAUAUUUUCGGCUAGUUUUUUCCAGAUGUCGCGGAAUAGUCUUUCACACUUGCGCCGCGGCGCGCUCAGGUAACCAGCCGAUUCACGAAUUUAUCGAAUAGCGGUCUGGUCGGUACUGGUCGGUCUAAUUGAUUCAUAUUAAAAUCUAUUGUUAUAUUUCUUACUUGGCAAACUUUGUGACGGGAGGCUUGCUGGUAUCUGUACACAUGUCACGCAGCAGUUGGUGAAGUCAGUAGGGAUUAAUUGAUAGAGGAAAUUAAUAUUGCAUUGGUUUUUUGGCAGUGAUGAUAAUGAUUUGAUUACUGGACACUUAAUGUUAUAAAACUGGUGGAUGUUUAUUCGCAUUGAACGCGCAGUGCAGUGAUGACAUCGAGCGAGGCGAGUCACGGCAGGAUGUUGCCAUUGGAUCAAUUGUCGCAAAUGGUAAAGGAACACUUAGGACUCUACAGCUCCGUCGACGGAGUUCUACAUUCCAGCAAAUGGGAAAUCGGCGAAUCGUCAGUUGGAGGCCGCGGGCUUAUCGCAACAGAAGACAUAUUACCGGGGGAAGUACUCUUCGUGGAUCACCCUCUCAUCAGCGGGCCCCGGGCUGCGUCUAUAGAACAAGGCGGAUGUACAGUAUGUUACAAAAAUGACACAGAGAAUGUGAUUAAAUGUUUAAAAUGCGGAUUAUUGUUGUGUUCCGAACAGUGUCAAAAUAGUGACAUGCAUUUUACUGACUGCAAUAUUAUCUCACGCUGGGAGAAAAAAGUGCCUGUUGAAGAAUUCAGUGAUAAGACUGUGUCACGCGCGCUCACUGCCAUACGUGUGUUAUUGCUUAACGAGGAUCAAAAACAAUUACUAUCCGCCCUCCAAGCUCACAUGUCACCGCAACACGGGACUGAGAUUAGAGACCUAAAGCAAUACUAUGAAAUACCAGAAUCCGAAGAAGAUCUAAUGAGACUUUCGUGUUGCGUACUCGAUGCAAACGCGUAUCAAAUUGCAAUCGCAUACGGAAAGAAAGAAAUGAGCAGAAGAGGGCUAUAUCCUGUUGCUAGUUUGAUGAAUCAUAACUGUGUACCAAACACUAGGCACAGUUACAACUGCGAUGCUCAAAUGACAGUCAAAGCAAUUAAGCAUAUACGAGCGGGAUGCGAGAUAUUUACGUGUUACUCUGGAUUUUUAUGGGGGACGCCUUCCCGACAAACUCAACUGUAUAAAACCAAACAUUUCCUAUGCAAAUGUGACCGUUGUGCGGACCCCACUGAGAGAGGAACUCUCCUAGCUGCUCUCAAGUGCUUUGUGACCGAAUGUCCUGGUAGUAUAUUACCUAUUCAGCCGUUGAAUAUGGCCAGCGCGUGGCAGUGCCUUGAAUGUGGGUUGAGAGUACCUAGGAAGAAUGUCGGAGCCGUGCAGAGUGCUAUCGGCAGCUUGCUCGGGUCAAUAGACUUCGGAGACGUGAACCAUUUGGAGAACUAUCUCGCUAACCGGAUCACUAAAUACAUUCCAAAAACGAACCAAGUGGUAGUCGAUCUACAGUGCCGGAUUAUUUGGGAGUUGGGAGAAGUUGAAGGACUCCGUUAUCAUGAGCUGUCGGAAUCCCGGCUGUCACUGAAGGAGACGCUGUGCCGCGGCACGCUGCGCACGGUGGCGGCGCUGGGCGCGGGCGACGCGCACCUCCGCGGCCUGCUGCUCUACCACCUGCACGCCGCGCUGGCCGAGCGCGCGCGCCGCUCCCCAGACCUGUUUGAGGAGUUGAAGCCAGAAAUCGAAAGUACAAUUGAGCAGGCCUACAGCAUUUUGCAAGGCGACGUGUCCGCGCCGCCUGAUCUCGAACUCCGGCGCCGCUACCUCGGCCCCGGCUGCGACAAACCCCAAGAAGAGCGGUUCUUUAUCCUGGACGCUUAAUGCUACGAGACGUACAUAAUCUAAAGCCAAAGUGGCC